AUGGACAACCUGGAAGAGAAGUUAGAUUGCCAAUUGAAGUGUAUGUGUCGUCUGUUUGAGUUUCGAGGAAUUUUAUGUAGGUAUGUGAUCAAAGUGUUGAUGAGAAUGAAGGUUAUUAAAGUUCCUAUGAGUUAUAUUAUGGACCGAUGGCGCAAAGAUAUUAAGCGUGGGUAUCAAAGCAUCAGUAACAUAUAUGAUGAUUAUGAUUGUGAUGGAAAAAGACUUCGGUAUAAUACUCUCACCCCAUUGAUGCAAGAGGUUCAACAACUUGGAGCCGAAAAUGACGACAUUUGUUCUGUUUUGGUGGAAAUCAUGAAAGACACUAAGGACAAACUUAUUAUUGCUAUGGAGAAUGGACAAUCAAUGGUUGAACAACUUGAAGAAGCAUCUACAUCUGGGGCAAAAGUGAUACACUCUCCAUUGAAAGUAAGAACCAAAGAUCGUCCACCCAUAAAGAGGAAACAAUCCAAGGUCGAACAAAUAGUGAAGAAAUCAAUUGCAAAGGCCCAGAAGAAGCUAUGA